GAAACUUGAAAGAUAUUUGUAGCUUCUAUUACCAUCGACCUUUCAGUUGCGGCGGUGAAUAACUUGCACCGGCGGCGAUGGGUGUUCCGGCGUUUUACCGGUGGCUAGCGGAGAAGUAUCCAAUGGUGGUUGUAGAUGUCAUAGAGGAAGAAGCUGUGGAGAUUGACGGCAUUAAAAUCCCUGUUGACACAUCUAAACCUAACCCUAAUCAAAUUGAGUAUGACAAUCUGUAUCUCGAUAUGAAUAAUAUUAUUCAUCCUUGUUUCCACCCCGAAGACCGGCCUUCCCCAACCUCUUUUAAUGAGGUGUUUCAAUGCAUGUUUGACUACAUAGAUCGGCUUUUUGUGAUGGUGCGGCCACGGAAACUACUUUAUAUGGCUAUUGAUGGUGUUGCCCCAAGGGCAAAAAUGAAUCAGCAGCGAUCUAGACGGUUUAGAGCAGCCAAAGAUGCAGCAGAUGCGGCAGCCGAAGAGGAGCGGCUACGAGAGGAGUUUGAGAGAGAAGGCAGAAAGCUUCCUCCCAAACAAGAAUCCCAAACAUUUGACUCUAAUGUCAUCACCCCCGGGACCGAAUUUAUGGCUGUUUUGUCGGUUGCUAUCCAGUAUUAUGUUCACCAAAGAUUAAACAAUGAUCCUGGAUGGAAAUCCAUAAAGGUUAUUCUUUCCGAUGCCAAUGUUCCGGGUGAAGGGGAACAUAAGAUAAUGUCCUACAUUCGUCUUCAAAGGAAUCUUCCUGGUUUUGAUCCAAACACCCGUCAUUGCUUAUAUGGUUUGGAUGCUGAUUUGAUUAUGUUAGCUUUGGCUACCCACGAAGUUCAUUUUUCAAUACUUAGAGAGGUUGUAUAUACUCCUGGACAACAAGACAAAUGUUUUAUUUGCGGUCAAGUAGGCCAUUUAGCGGCCGCUUGUGAAGGAAAGGCAAAGAGGAAGGCAGGUGAAUUCGAUGAAAAAGGCGAUGGUGUGCCUAAGAAGCCAUACCAGUUUCUCAACAUUUGGACUCUUAGGGAGUACCUAGAAAUUGAGAUGAGAAUACCUCAUCUUCCUUUCAAAAUCGACUUCGAGCGAAUAGUGGAUGAUUUUAUCUUCAUGUGUUUCUUUGUUGGGAACGAUUUUCUACCACAUAUGCCCACUUUAGAAAUUCGUGAGGGUGCCAUAAACUUACUUUUAGCCGUAUAUAAAAAGGAGUUUAGGGUCCUGAAUGGGUAUCUUACUGAUGGAAGCAAGCCAGACCUUAGCAAAGUGGAACAGUUUAUUCAGGCCGUUGGUUUAUACGAAGAUAAAAUAUUUCAGAAAAGAGCCCGCUUGAAUCAGAGACAAGCUGAAAGGAUAAAACGUGACAAAGCGCAAGCCAAAUCUCAAUCAAUAAGAGGAGACGAUGCUGGACCACAAAUGGAGCCUGAAUCACUUGUUGCAGUUGGGCGGUUUCAGGGCUCACGACUUGCUUCUGGACCCUCACCAUCACCAUACCAAUUUAAGGGUGCCUCGAGCCAUCCUCAUCCAAAGAAAGUCGUACGCAUGUCAUCUGGGUCCACCAUCGGUGCUGCUAUAGUUGAAGCUGAGAGCAGUCUUGAAAAAGAUGAUGUACUUGACAACAAAGAAGAACUGAAAACAAAACUGAAGGAGAUACUUCGUGAGAAAUCCGAUGCCUUUAAUUCCGAGGAGCAGGAUGAGGAUAAGAUAAAAUUGGGAGUGCCUGGGUGGAAAGAGAGGUACUAUGAGGAGAAGUUUUCUGCAAGCUCACCUGAAGAGCUUGACGAAAUACGGAGAGAUGUUGUUCUUAGAUACACUGAAGGCUUAUGCUGGGUGAUGCACUAUUACUAUGAAGGUGUCUGUUCUUGGCAGUGGUUUUAUCCAUAUCAUUACGCACCGUUUGCUUCUGAUCUUAAGGAUCUAGGAGAAUUAAAUAUCACUUUUGAACUAGGUUCACCGUUCAAACCGUUUAAUCAGCUGAUGGGCGUGUUUCCUGCUGCAAGCUCCCAUGCUCUUCCUGAGCAUUACAGAAAAUUAAUGAUGGAUCCAAAUUCACCUAUUAUCGACUUUUAUCCAACAGAUUUUGAAGUCGACAUGAAUGGCAAGCGGUUUGCAUGGCAGGGAAUAGCAAAGUUGCCUUUCAUUGAAGAAGAUCGUCUUCUUGCUGAAGUGACAAAAGUAGAACAUACAUUAACGGAUGAAGAGGCUCGUAGAAAUAGCCGGAUGUCUGACAUGCUUUUCGUGGCAUUAUCACACACACUAUCUCCAUAUAUAUUUUCUCUUAUUGACUGUUGCAAACAAUUGUCGGCUGAGGAAAGAGUUAAAGUCAAAGAACAAAUUGACCCAUCGGCAAGUGGUGCGAUGAAUGGCUAUUUAUCCCUUUGUGCUGGAGAUCCAUGUCCUCCGGUUUUCAGCUCACCUGUUGACGGGAUGGAUGAUAUCAUGGACAAUCAAGUCAUAUGUGCUAUAUACAAAGUUCCGGAUUAUCAUAAACAUAUAUCUCGACCACCUGCAGGGGUCAAACUACCAAAGAAGACUGUAACGUUGGAUGAUAUUCAACCCGAUCCGACUCUGUGGCACGAAGAUACAGGAAGGAGGCCAUGGCAUAACGACAGGCCGCACAAUAACAACAACCAUAACCCUCAUGGAGCUGCAUCUAGCCGACAUCUUGGAGAUGCUGCACACCGACUCGUCACCAACAGCUUACAAGUAAAGCCCGAUAGAAAUGCUCAUCAUCAAUCGUACGACCCACACCCACAUGGCCCACCUUCUAGAUCAUAUGGUCAAUCUUAUGGUUCAAGUAGCCAUUACGGUAGGUCAAAUUCUCAGGCGCGUGGAUACUACCAGAAUCAACAUGCACAUCCUCCACCACGUGGGCCCCAUCAAAGUCAACAUUUACCGUCUAGCGGUCAAUACUAUCCACAACAGGGUGGUGGCUAUGCAUACAACAGUGCCGCCGGUCAUCAUCAUCAACAGUCUGGUGGCAGAGGCCAGGGACGGCCUCAACAAGGUGGUGGCAAUCAGUUUUCAGGAUUGAGUAGAGACGGAAGAGGUAGGUCGCACCAGCCGUAUCGCCGCUAGACGACAUGGUAAUGUUUGAACUUUGAGUUGUAGUUCAUUAGUAUGUUGUAUCAUAGUUCAUUAGUUUUUUUUAACUAUGUGAAAUUAUGAAAAGGUUACAUGUAGGUUUGGUCUAGAAGAUGAAGAUAUUUAUUUUGUUGUAUACUUCAAUUUUUAUCAGCUUUAUUGACUAAUAUUAUUUGGGUAUUAAAGUUUA